CAGGCUCUGGAGCACGGCGGCUGCAGCCUGGCCGCCUGCUACGUGAACCCCAGCCUCAGCCAGCUGCCCUCGCCGGCUCAGGAGGCGGACCACGACCUCUGCGUGCACUUGGUGCAGCUGCUCCAUAGCACGCUGGUGGACAGAAUGCAGACCGUGCAGGUGGCCGAGAAGUGCCUGCAGAUGGGCAUCUUCCAGGACGAGGACCUGGAUCGGAUCCAUGCUGUGACUGACAAUCGUGGGAACAGAGAUGGUGCAAGGGAGCUAUUGAGCAGAAUAGUGCAGAAGAAAGAUUGGUUCUCUCCUUUUUUGAUUGCUCUGCGUGAAACCCAACAUGGAGGCCUUGCAGAUGAUUUAAGUGGAAAUACAGGAGGAACAGAGAAUACACAAAAUGGAAUGAAGAACAGUACAAAAGAAGAAACAGAAGUUGCAAGCCAACCAGGAUAUGCUGUAGUGGAAGAUUUGAAACAGCAAGAAAAUGUGAAUGAUCAUUUCAUCAGUGAGAACAGUGUAUUGGAAACAUCUAUUGUAGUUUCAGAGUCAGAUGUCUCCAUAGGAGAUGGAAGUGUCAGUAACUUGAAUGAAAACCUGGGACAGAGCUGCACAACCAGUGAUUCAGAUGGAGAUGAAGUGGAGAGCAGAGCUUCACCUGAGCCAGAUCUGAUCCUGAGAGAUUACCAGAUGGAAGUUGCAAAGCCAGCACUGAAUGGGGAGAAUAUUAUAAUAUGUCUCCCUACAGGCAGUGGUAAAACCAGAGUGGCUGUUUACAUUACCAAAGAUCACUUGGAUAAGAAGAAAAGAGCAUCAGAGCCUGGAAAAGUUAUAGUGCUUGUUAAUAAGGUACCAUUGGUAGAACAGCAUUUACGAAAGGAGUUUAAUCCAUUCCUGAAGCGUUGGUAUCAGGUCACUGGUUUAAGUGGUGAUUCUCAGCUGAAAAUCUCAUUUCCUGAAGUUGUCAGAAGAAAUGAUGUCAUCAUCAGUACAGCACAGAUCCUGGAGAAUUCACUGUUAAAUGCAGCCAAAGAAGAUGAAGAAGGUGUCCACUUAUCAGAUUUUUCACUCAUCAUUAUCGAUGAAUGUCAUCACACUCAAAAGGAAGGUGUCUACAACAACAUAAUGCGACGUUACUUAAAAGAAAAGAUGAAGAACAGCAAGCUGGCAAAAGAAAACAAACCACUGAUCCCACAGCCUCAGAUUCUGGGACUUACAGCCUCACCUGGUGUAGGAGGUGCAACAUCCUACUUAAAAGCUGAGGAACAUAUUUUGAAAAUCUGUGCCAAUCUUGAUGCGUGUAGAAUCAUGACUGUUGAAGAGCACACCUCCCAACUGAAGAAUCAGGUGAAGGAACCGUAUAAGAAGACUGUGAUUGCAGACGACAAAAGAAGGGAUCCAUUUAGAGAGAGGAUUACUGAGAUCAUGACAGACAUUCAAAACUAUUGCCAGCUCCAUCCAAAAUCUGAGUUUGGAACUCAGCCAUAUGAACAGUGGGUGAUUAGAGAAGAGAGAAGAGCUGCAAAAGAAGAAAAACGUAAGGAACGCGUCUGUGCAGAACACCUGAAGAAGUACAAUGAUGCUCUCCAGAUAAAUGACACCAUCCGAAUGGUGGAUGCGUACAAUCACCUAAAUAACUUUUAUAAGGAGGAGAAAAGUAAGAAGACAGUAAGGAGUGAUGAUGAUGAUGAUGAUGAGCCAGCAGCAUCAAAACAGGAUGAAACAGAUGAGUUUCUAAUAGGUUUAUUUAAUGCAAAAAAGAAACAGCUGAAAGAGUUGGCUAGAAAGCCAGAAUAUGAAAAUGAGAAGCUAAUACAGUUGCGAAAUACUUUAAUGGAGGAGUUCACGAAGACUGAGGAACCCAGAGGAAUUAUUUUCACAAAGACUCGGCUAAGUGCCUUUGCUCUAUUCCAGUGGAUUAAGGAUAACCCAAAAUUUGAAGAAGUGGGAAUUAAGGCCCAUUAUCUUAUCGGUGCUGGACAUAACAGUGAAAUGAAACCCAUGACUCAGAAUGAGCAAAGGGAAGUUAUUGAUAAAUUCCGAGGUGGAAAUGUAAAUUUACUUAUUGCUACUACUGUAGCUGAGGAAGGCCUAGACAUCAAAGAGUGUAACAUCGUUAUUCGCUACGGCCUCGUCACCAAUGAAAUUGCUAUGGUGCAGGCUCGCGGUCGAGCUCGAGCUGAUGAGAGCACCUAUGCACUUGUGGCUUCCAGCGGCUCAGGAGCUGUUGAACGUGAAGAUGUUAAUAUUUUCCGUGAGCAAAUGAUGUAUAAGGCCAUUCAGCGUGUCCAGAGGAUGCCGCAGGAAGAGUAUUUAAAUAAGAUUCAGGAUUUCCAGUUGCAAAGUAUAGUAGAAAAACAAAUGAAGGCAAAGAGAGAUCAGCGCAAGACACACAAGAAAAAUCCUUCACUAAUAACAUUCCUAUGCAAAAAUUGCCACAAGCUGGUAUGUUCUGGAGAAGACAUACAAGUUAUUGAAAACAUGCAUCAUGUCAGUGUGAAAAAGGAUUUCCAAAGUCUUUACCAUACAAGAGAAAAUAAGACACUGCAAGAUAAGCAUGCCGAUUACCAGACAAAUGGGGAAAUUAUAUGUAAAGAUUGUGGACAAGCUUGGGGAAAUAUGAUGGUUCACCGAGGUCUUGACCUGCCUUGUCUAAAGAUUAGAAAUUUUGUGGUUGUGUUUGAAGACAAGAAAACAACAAAGCAAAUUUUUAAGAAAUGGGGAGAACUGCCCAUCAGAUUCCCUGGUUUUGAUUAUGCAGCUCAUUGUCCUUCAAGUGAUGAGGAUUAA